AUGAAAAAGACUAUAAAAUACUUUUUAUUUUUAUUUCUGAUUUCUAAAAGACUUAAGAAUCUAAAUUUUCAACAAAAUUCAAUUAAAAUAAAGAAAAAUAACUUUAACAAAAACUUGAGAAACAAUUAUAAAUUAUAUACUUUAAAUAAUAAAAAAAAUGUAUCAACAAAUAUAAAAAGAAACAAAUUUUUAGUUCAGAAUAAUGUAGAAGAUAUAGAUUAUAUAUAUGGAUUAAAUUCUGUUUAUUCUGUUCUUAAAAAAAAUGAAAGAACUAUUAAAAGUGUCAUAAUAAACAAAAAUAUAAAAUUAAAUAGAAAAAUACAUAAGAAAACAUAUAAAUAUAUAUUUGAUACGAUAAAAGAAAGAAAUAUUGAAAUAAAAUUGAUGGACAAAAAUAAAAUGGAUGAAUUAGUUGGUUGUUUCUUGCAUAAUGACAUAAUAAUGCAAACAAGUUAUAGAACUAUGAAGAAUUAUAAAUAUUUUAUAGAAAAUAUAAAUAAAUUAAUGAAAUGUAACUUAUAUUUGUGUUUACAUAAUGUUUAUGACAACAUGAAUAUUGGUAAUAUAUGUAGAUCAAUUUUCUUUUUUGGGGGAAACAUUAUAUUUUUGAAAAAAAAAAAAAAAGUAAAUGAAAAAAGAAAUGAAAUAAAAAUAGAUACUCCAAUUCUUCAUUCAAGUGUAGGAUCUUCUGAAUUUUUAGAAUUUUUUCACGUCAAUAAUAUGGGAAAUUUUAUUAGUGAAAUGAAAAAAAAUGGAUUUAAAAUUUAUUCUACAUGUUGUCUAAAGGAUGAUGCGAUGAUGAAUAAUUAUGUAGAUUUGAAAGAUGUUCAAAUAAAGAAUGACGAAAAGAUUUUAAUAAUACUAGGUAACGAAAGUAAGGGAUUAAGCGAUGAUAUAUUAAAAAAUUCUGAUGUUUGUAUUUAUAUAAAUAAUAAGCAUAACAGAACAAAUAUUGAUAAUAACUUAGUAAACGAAAAUAAUAAUUUAAUUUUAGACAGUCUUAAUGUAAGUAAUGUUUGCUCAAUUGUGCUUCAUCAUUUUCUUUAA